CAGUAAUCAACAAUUUUUUUAAUUAUAAAAUUUCGUUUUAAAUUUAAAGCGUUUUAAAGCGUAAAAUUUUAAUUUGUCUCUAAUUGGGGGACUUAAUUCUGAGACAAGAAUUUUAAAAGAAAGUGAAGCCACAGGCGAUACUAAAAAUUAAACUAGAAAAUAGAAUCUACCCAAUUUUUUGAAUGAUAAAUUUAAAAAUGCCUCAGCAGCAACAGCAGAUGGAACCCUCAACAUCUUUUAAGAAUGGAGAGCAGAAUGAAAAUGAAGAAAGUAUUUCUAGAGAGAAUUCUGUGGAAACAUUUAAUAAUAACAAUAAUGAGCUAGAAUUCCCAACAACAAAAUAUCGAUGCCUCAUAGAUAGGAUUAACGAUCGAAUUAAAAAAAAUGCCACCUUUUGUUCUUUCGAAUUUUUUCCUCCGAAAACUGUGAAUGGUGCGGCUAAUCUCAUAAAAAUAUGUGAUCGUCUGGCUUCUACCAUGAACCCACUUUUUUGUGACAUAACAUGGAAAACUGGUGGAGAUAAUUGCUCUGAUGCGCCAACAAGCACAAUGACAAUAGGUUCCACAAUGCUGAGUUACUGUGGAAUUGACACAAUGAUGCACAUGACUUGUGUUGGCCAGAGCAGGUCAGACAUAAUCAGAAUUCUUAACAAGGCAAAAAUCCUUGGAUUAAAAAAUAUUCUGGCCCUCAGGGGAGAUCUUCCUCACAAUUGCUCGUCGUGGCAGCCAGUUGAUGAUGGUUUUAAUCAUGCAAUUGAUCUUGUUCGAUUCAUCAGGAAAACUUAUGGAGACUAUUUUGUUAUUUGUGUUGCUGGCUACCCGACAGGCCACCCUGAUGCUUCCUCCUACAAAGCCGACCUUGAAAAUUUGAAGGCCAAGGUAGAUGCGGGUGCCGAUUUUAUAAUCACCCAGCUUUUCUUCAAGACAUCAACUUUCAUCAAGUUUGUUAAUGACUGCAGAUCAAUUGGAAUCACCUGUCCAAUAUUGCCGGGCAUUAUGCCAAUACAGGCCUACCAAUCGCUGGAGAACAUAUCACGUCUGUCAAAACUUGAAGUCCCACAGGAGAUAUGGGACAAGUUGCAUGCAGUUAAAGAUAACGACGAAGCUGUUAGAAACUUUGGGAUUGAUUAUGCCAUCCAGAUGUGCUCACAGCUACUCAACAGUGGAGUUGUCAAUGGAUUGCACUUUUACACACUGAACCGAGAAUAUGCAACGUUAGCCAUUUUAAAAUCUCUUGGAUUGUGUGCAGUUCGGCCUCAACGACCUCUACCUUGGAAAACUUCAGCCAAUCACGUGAGGUGCAUGGAAACCGUGCGACCUAUAUUUUGGAGUUCAAGGCCUGAAAGUUAUAUUUAUAGAACUUCGGGUUGGGAAGAAUUUCCCAAUGGAAGGUGGGGGAAUUCAGCUUCAGCAUCAUUCAGAGACGUGAAUGAACAUUAUUUGUACCACUUGAAAUCAGCGCCGUCUAAAGAAGAACUCCUUAAAAUGUGGGGUGCCAAGUUGGAAAGUGAAGUUGAUGUUUGGCAUAUAUUUGAAUGCUACCUACUUGCAAAGGAAAAUAAGCAGGGCUACAAGGUAACUCGCAUUCCUUGGAGUGAGGGCGGCCUGUCUUCAGAAACGACUUGCAUGUUGGACCGACUGGGUAAGAUAAAUAAGCAAGGCGUCCUAACAAUCAACUCGCAACCUGCUGUUAAUGGGGCCCCUUCCACACACCCAAUAUAUGGAUGGGGCAAUCCAGGCGGUUAUGUCUAUCAGAAGGCAUAUUUGGAGUUUUUCACCUCGUUGAAAUAUGUCGACCGCCUGAAGAGUAUUCUGAAUGGUUACCCUAACGUGAACUACCACAUUAUUGCGAACCAUGCUAUUGACAUAACAAACUGUCACGAACUGCAACCAAGUGCUUUGACUUGGGGCGUCUUUUCAAACAUGGAAAUCGUUCAACCGACCGUGUAUGACCCUGUAGCCUUCAAAUAUUGGAAGGAUGAGGCGUUUGGCCUUUGGAAAUCAUAUUGGGGAGCCAUUUAUGAUGAAGGUAGUGAAUCGAGGAACGUCAUCGACACAAUCCACGACGAAUAUUGUCUGGUCAACCUUAUAGAUAAUGAAUUUGUUAAGGAAAGUUGUCUUUUUAACAUUCUUGAAGAGAUGCUGCAAACGAAUUGAGGAGUUCAUUUGAAACAAUCCACGUUGUAAUCUUCAUUAUUAAUAAUCACCGAUUGAUUGAUUGAUUGAUUGAUUGAUUGAUUGAUUGAUUGAUUGAUUGAUUGAUUGAUUGAUUGAAUCACUACCUGAUGCUCACUCAUUUUUAUUUUAAUAUUUAAUUAAUUAUUUUUUGUGUAUAAUUUUUACAAUAUUUUAAAUCAAUCGCCAUAUGUUUAAACUCUCUGGAAUUUACUUUGCCUUCACAGGCGACGAACUUCAACAUAACAUACGCUUCUCAUAGGAUGUUACUUGCCGUUAACUAGCAUAGAUUAUCACUUGAUCUGAACUAUAUUUUAUUUUCUUAUGAUUUUACAAUUGGACCAAUUUAGGUAUAUGUUACUGAUAUCAUUACGGUGUAAUAUUCAAUUGUUAUGGUCUACUACGGCAGACUGUACCAUCUCACCAUUAUGUAACAUUACUUGAUGGGCAAGGCAUCGUUCUUUCGGCAAUAUCUGAAUAAAGUAGCAUUCAAUAACUGUGUUACAUUUUUUUAACUUUUAUUCAUUAUUAUUUUAGUAAAUAAUUUCUCAUGGAUAUCUUUUAAACUUGUCAGAUUUUACCAUCAUAAAUUCAUUGAAUCUUUUAUAGAAUGGAUUUUUUUUUAGAAAAACUCAUGGAAUUAAAACAGUGGAUUGUGUUGGUAAAUAAUUAUAUGUGAUAAUGGUAAAGUUAGCCUAUGUUUGACUACAAGAUGUGAUCCUUGUGUGUUAUGUAUGGUUGUGCUUGUUGUCAACCAAAGUUCUCAGUUCAUUGUUCCUCUGCGUUUAUCAUGUUCUUCCCUGGCAACCACAAUUUCAGAAUUUUUGAAAUGUUUGCGCUGUUAAUUUGGUGUUAUUUCAGUUUUGGGACAAUAUUUCUAAAAGUUUGCU